AUGCUAUCAGGGAGAGACACCCAGCUGCUCAUGAGAGACAAGAAUCGUCCUAACCAAUCAGACGAAGACAUUGAGUGUAGGUCGCCACCAAGCAAAGCUAUGCUAGACCUAGGUCUCCAUGUGUCUGCGCAUGACUGGAGACGUCCCAAGAAGCCAGGCAGCCUCCUGAACUCCUAUAAAUACGCUCCUCCAGCCCCAAGUCCAAACCAUUCCAUUCCCAAAGCUAGAGAGCACCUGAAAAGUUUGCAUUGUUGUGAGGUUGUGAUGGGUAAUCUUCUAGGGAGAGAAGUUAUGCCAUCAGAUCUCUUGUGUUGUGAGGUUGUGUCGGGUAACCUUCGGGGAAGGUUAGGCCGCCAGAUCUCUUUUGUGUGUGAGGUUGUGUUGGGUAACCUUCGGGGAAGGAUAUGCCAACAGAUCUCUUUUCUGUGUAAGAUUGUGAUGGGUAACCUUCGGGGAAGGUUAUGCCAUCAGAUCUUGUUACAUGGCUAUGCCGCUAAACCUCGAGUGCAUGCUAACAUGGUGGUGCGUAAGGCCCAUAUGUUGAGUAUGACUCCGAUGUGGAAAGAUCACGGACGGCUGAGCCGCCAGAUCUUUCGAGGUUCGUGUGGGUACUCUUCCGAGGCAAGGGAAGCUCUGCCGCAGAACCGGUGGUAUGAGGCAUAG